AUGUGCGUGGAUAGUCGGGCAAUUAACAAGCUCACUAUCAAGUAUCGCUUCCCGAUUCCUCUUUUAGAUGACCUUAUUGACCAGCUGUGCGGAGCUCGUAUAUUCUCCAAAAUUGACCUUAAAAGUGGCUACCAUCAAGUCCGCAUUAGGCCUGGUGAUGAGUGGAAUACCGCUUUCAAAAUCCGUGACGGACUCUAUGAAUGGCUUGCGAUGCCUUUUGGCUUAUCCAAUGCACCUAGCACCUUUCAUGAGAUUGAUGAAUCAUACCUUCAGAGAGUAUAUUGGGAAGUUUAUCGAUCAAGAGUUGUUUGUGAACUGCUAGAAAUGCUCAUUCCUUCAGCCGCGGGUCUCUUUUUGGGUUUUGUGAUCUCUGACCAAGGGGUGGAAGCGGACCCAGAGAAAAUUCGUGCCAUCCUUGAAUGGCCAACACCGGCAAGUACUCAUGAUGUCUGGAGUUUUCAUGGCCUAGCCACUUUUUAUCAGCGUUUCAUACGGGGAUUUACCUCCAUUGUGGCGCCUUUGACGGAGUGUCUCAAAGCUGACUCAUUUCAGUGGACCACAGCCGCUAGUGAAGCCUUUGCUAACAUAAAGAAUCUGAUGACGAAUACUCCUAUCCUGCGGGUGCCGGAUUUUGAACAACUCUGUGAUGCUUCGCAUAUUGGCAUCGGUGGUGUGCUUAGCCAAGGAGGUCACCCGAUUGCUUUCUUUAGCGAGAAACUCAACGAGUGCUGGCGGCAUUAUUCUACGUAUGACAUUGAGUUGUAUGCGCUGCAUAAGGCAGGGAAGGACAACAAGGUUACGGAUGCCCUUAGCCGGAGAGCCCAUAUCCUUGCAAUAUUCGAGGCUACUGUUACGGGGUUUGAGAAUUUUCCACUUCAGAAUGCUACUGAUCCAGACUUUGCAGUCGGUUCAACUCGUGACUUUCUCAUUUUGGAAUUGCAUGAGGGGGGCCUAGCGGGUCAUUUUGGAAUUGACAAAACACUGUCAUUGGCGGAAGAUCGCCUUUUCUGGCCCCAUAUGCGUCGAGACGUGGUAAAGGUGGUGAAGCAAUGUCGCACUUGUCAACUAAAUAAAGGAUGCAAACGCAACACGAGUUUAUAUACUCCUCUGCAGGUUCCGAACCAUCCCUGGGAGCACCUGAGUCUUGAUUUUGUACUGGGUUUACCUCAAACGGCUGCUGGACACGACUCGAUUAUGGUGGUAGUUGACCGGUUCUCCAAGAUGGCACAUUUUGUAGCUUGUAGCCGCACACAUGAUGCCUCCCGCAUCGCGUCCUUGAACAAAGUUGAAGCACUCAAACGCCUUCCAUCCUCAAACAGACGGCAAACGGAGGUUGUCAAUCGUAGCUUGGGUAACCUGUUGAGGUGCCUCAUUCAUGACCAAGGGAGAACAUGGGACACGAUUCUUCCUAUGGCGGAGUUCGCUUUCAAUAGCUCAACCAACUGGACUAUUGGGUGCUCACCUUUUGAGGCGGCUUAUGGCUUUCAACCCAAGGCCCCUUUGGACCUCCAUUCCCUUCCCAGAAAAUUACGUCCGAGUGAAGUUGCCCUGGAAUUUGCAGACCAUUUUAAGUCUGUCCAUGCAGAAGUUAAGCGGCGAAUUAUCUUGAGCAAUGAUAAAUACAAGAAGAGUGCGGACCUCCAUUUUCGCCAUGAGGAGUUACAAGUGGGUGACUGGGUUCUAGUGCGUCUAAGGGCUGAGCGGUUUCCCUCCGGGUCUUAUCAUAAACUCCACGCGCGUAGGGCGGGUCCGUAUCAAGUUAAAAAGCAGCGAGGCCCUAAUGCUUACUUAGUGGAGUUACCAGACACUCUGAAGAUAAGCCCAAUCUUUAACAUCGAAGAUCUUACGCUCAUCCAGUCGCCGACUUCUCCUGCCUUGCAAACUCCAUCCCUGCCUUCCGACUCAAGAUCAACAAGAACUUCCCGCAACUAUCCUAGAUCAUCAAUUUGUGUCGACACGACGAGAGGGCUAUGA